GAAGUGCACAAUUUUAUGAAGAGAAAAUAAGAUCUUGUACGGCCAGAAGGGUCCACCAAUCACAAUCCAUCUAAUCAUCAGCCGGAGACCGCUUUCCCUCUUUGGGCCUAGCGUCCCCCACCGCCUGGUUUUUUCCCCUUAGGUAAUCCUAUACCAUCCUGAAACUUAAGGCCAUUGAUCAUCUCUCCACUUUUUCCCUGAUCUCUCGCUCUCUCUCUCUCUCUCUCUUCUCUUCGUCUUUCCUACUCUCUCUAUCCCUCCCUAUCUCUCUCUAUCCCGAAUUGCACCUUUCCUACCAAACAAUGGAGUCCCUCCUCCAACAAUCCCGCGCCAUGUGCCCUUUCCUCAAGCGCACCUCCCCCGGCGCCCUCCGGACCCUCGCAACGGCCACCCGGCCCACCGCCAGCCCCGGCGGCGGCACCAUGUCCAACCUGCAGGUUCUGGCCCGUCGCUGCCCCGUCAUGAGCAAGGCUCUCGCUGUCCAGAGUGCCCGCUUGGCUGGCGCGAAGCGCUUUACUUCCGCCGCUGCGGGCGUCCCGGGACGGAACGUGCGCACUCAGCCCCGGAGGGAUUUGCAUGCUACUGCCGGUCCCGGGGCGAAUUUGAGUCAGGGGGUUUACAAGAAGGAGGAGGCUCGGGCUGAACAACCCAAGUAUACCCGUCCCAACCCCUCCCCCGGUCUCAACGUCGGUGCCGGCCCCCGUCCGCAGGCCCCCGCAACCGCCCGCUUCGAUUAUGGCGCCUUCUACCUUCCCCGCGCCCACACGGCCUCCCCCGAGGAGCGCGUGACCGUCUGGUGCUCCAACGACUACCUAGGCAUGGGACGCAACCCCGAGGUCCUGGACACUAUGCACCGCACCCUCGACACCUACGGUGCCGGCGCCGGCGGCACCCGCAACAUCUCCGGCCACAACCAGCACGCCGUGGGCUUGGAGAACACCCUGGCCCGGCUGCACGGCAAGGACGGCGCCCUCGUCUUCAGCUCGUGCUACGUCGCCAACGACGCGACGCUGGCUACCCUCGGCAGCAAGAUGCCCGACUGCGUCAUCCUGUCCGACUCCCUAAACCACGCCUCCAUGAUCCAGGGCAUCCGCCACUCGGGCGCCCGCAAGAUGGUCUUCCGGCACAACGACAUGGCCGAUCUCGAGGCCAAGCUGGCCUCCCUGCCCGCCCACGUCCCCAAGAUCAUCGCCUUCGAGUCCGUCUACAGCAUGUGCGGCUCCAUCGCCCCGAUCGAGCGCAUCUGUGACCUAGCCGACCAGUACGGCGCCAUCACCUUCCUCGACGAAGUCCACGCCGUCGGCAUGUACGGCCCGCACGGCGCCGGCGUCGCCGAGCACCUCGACUACGAGGUCUACGCCUCGCAGGACACCCCCAACCCCCUCUCCACCCGCGGCACCAUCAUGGACCGCAUCGACAUCAUCACCGGCACCCUGGGCAAGGCCUACGGCUGCGUCGGCGGCUACAUCGCCGGUUCCGCCGCCCUAGUCGACACCAUCCGCUCGCUGGCCCCGGGCUUCAUCUUCACCACCUCCCUGCCCCCCGCCACCAUGGCCGGCGCCGACGCCGCCAUCCGCUACCAAGCCCGCCACCAGGGCGACCGUGUCCUGCAGCAGCUGCACACCCGCGCCGUCAAGGCCUCCCUCAGCGCGCACGACAUCCCCGUCAUCCCGAACCCCUCGCACAUCGUGCCCCUCCUCGUCGGCGACGCCGAGCUCGCCAAGCAAGCCUCCGACCGCCUCCUCGACCAACACGGCAUCUACGUCCAAGCCAUCAACUACCCGACCGUGCCCCGCGGCGAGGAGCGCCUCCGCAUCACCCCGACCCCCGGCCACGUCCAGGAACACCGCGACCACCUCGUCUCGGCCGUCCGCUCCGUCUGGCGCGACCUCGGCAUCCGCCGCACCAGCGACUGGGCCGCCCAGGGCGGCUUCGUCGGCGUCGGCGUCCCCGGCGCUGAAGCUGCGAACGCCCCGAUCUGGGAUAACACCCAGCUGGGCCUGCAGCCGCACGAGACGGUCGACGCUGCUCUCGCGCGCGAGACUCCCGCUCCGGCGUCUAUCCCCCGCAUGCAAACCGGCGGCGCUCCCGUCAGUCCUGCGGCUGCGGGUAUCGCCUCGGCUGUGGGCGUGGCUGCUUAGGUUAAACUGUACUGAGUUCAACUAAACUUAUUUUCUCAUGCGAGGUAUAUAUUGCAUCUGCAUGAUUAGAUAUUUUCUAUUCAUUCCUGUCUGUCUGGCAUCACUGUGUAUGUGGCAUUAGUGUGAUAGAUGAUGGGUGGGGAAAGUGCGGAACCGGACUGUCUUUACCGAGGAUUGGGUUCUUGUAAUUAAUUAAUUGAUAUCAUGAUUGACUUGAUUUA